AUGAUAUGGUUUCCUUGUGUCGCUCUUUUCUUCUUGACAUCUGGCUGUUUUUCUGCAGACCCUUCUCCAAAUGAUGUAUCUGUUGAAGCUGAUAGAAAUAUCGAUAUCGCAUCGCAGGUUAUAAAAAUUACUACAGCGUUUGAAGUGACUAACAAAGGGAAGUCACCAAUUAAUAGUUUUAUCCACGUAGUGAGUGAUGACGAGGAAGCCCAUCUUGCAUUCAUCACCGCACAAGAGGGUAGAGGAGGUAACAAGUUGACCGUCGUAAAAGCAGCAACUGCUGCUGGUGUCAUCAAAGGUUAUGUGCCUUAUAGGGUUGAAUUAUUAAAGCCGAUCUCUGCUAAUUCUAAAGCCUCUAUUACACUUGAAUAUUACCUCACCCAGUAUUUGGAGCCCUAUCCAGCAAAGAUUGAACAAGCUGAAACCCAGUAUAUGGUUUAUAAGGGAAACGCCCAUGUUACUUCAGUUUACCCAUUGAGUAAGGAAACCACAAAGGUCGCCUUACCUUCAGGGAGAUUGGUUUCUCAUACUACAGUAUCCCCAACAAAGCAAGAAGGCGGCAAAAUCACUUAUGGACCCUAUACAGAUCAGAAACCUUUUACACUGGGGCCAGUCAGGAUACAUAAUGAAAAUAAUUCUCCGUUUUUGGUUGCGACAGAAGUUUUACGACACAUUGAGGUUUCGCACUGGGGCAAUAUUGCAGUUGAAGAGCAGAUCAGUCUCGUUCACAAAGGAGCGCAGUUAAAGGGUCCUUUCUCUCGGCUAGAUUUUCAGUUGGAUCGGCGUGGAUCACGAAGGCCUGUAGUGACUCAGUAUAAGACGCUUCUGCCAGUAACUGCAAAGGAUAUUUACUACCGAGAUGAGAUUGGAAACAUUUCAACCUCGGCAGUCAAAAAACUGGCAGAUGCUGUGGAAAUCAUGAUUCAACCUCGGUUCCCUUUAUUUGGCGGUUGGCGAACAAAUUAUGUUCUUGGAUAUAAUUUGCCAGGCUACCAAUACCUCUACUCUAGCGGCAGUUCAUUUGCUCUUAAAAUGCGGUUUAUGGACCACCUGUUUGAUAACGCAGUCAUUGAAAAUAUAAAAGUCAGAAUUAUCCUCCCAGAAGGCAGCAAAAAUUUUAAACUAGUGGCACCUUACGCUGUGAAACGUCAUCGUGAUGAUCUACAUUUUACAUAUCUAGAUACAACUGGGCGUCCAGUCAUUGUACUUGAAAAACAAAAUCUUGUGGAUAGUCACAUUCAGUCGUUUACGCUUUAUUACGAAUUUGACAAAAUACAACUCUGCCGUGAGCCAUUCUUAGCCUGUGCUGCAUUUGCAUUUUUAUUCCUUAUAGUGAUCAUAUUCGUUCGGCUGGACUUUACCAUAGUUACUGAUGCAGCUAAAGAAAGCCGAAUGCAAGCCGAAGGAGUAGUUGAACAGUUAAAUGAACUGCACGCCGAUCGCUUGAGAAUAUACGAUCAUUUCUACGAAAUAGUUCAAAAAUACAAGAACAACAAGGAUGCCUCAGCUUUUAGCGCAAAUAGGAAGAAGAACGAGGUUGAGAUGAAAAAGGUUACGGAGUUGUUUUCAAAUUUACAAAACGGAUUAAAGUCGUCAAACCCUGACAUUUAUGAAAAGCUCAAUGAGAUUUCUAAGUUGCAUAAGAGUGCGGAAGAACAGAUCAACAGUCUAUGUAAUCAGGCUGAACGUUCUGCGAAGACUGGUGGUAAAGCCGAUUUAAACAGUGCAGAAAAACUAUAUUCUUCAAAGAUGGGGGAAAUCAAGGAGAAGAUGGACUCAGUUAUUUACUCCAUUUAG